GACGAAGCUGUGUAUUGAAGAACCAACACACUGGUACCGCCAUGUCAGUAGAGUUCAGCGAGCCAUCAACAGUACGCAUCAGCGUAGCAUAAACACUACUCCAUUUGAGUUGCUUAUUGGUACGAAAAUGAAAAUAAAGGAAGACUACGAUAUCUACGAACUGAUAGAGCAAGAGAAUAGAGAUAGUUUUAUGGCUAUUAGAGAAGAAAAUAGGAAGAAGGCAAAGGAGCAAAUUUUACAGAUACAAGAUGAAAAUAGAAGGAACUACAACAAGCGAAGGAAGCCUAGUACACUGUAUACUGUGGGCGAUAGAGUCGCUAUUAAGAGGACCCAGUUUGGUGUAGGCAUGAAGCUCAAACCUAAGUUCCUAGGUCCAUAUGAAGUCGUUGGAUGUAUGGGACGUGAUCGCUACAGGGUGAAGAAACUGGACAGCGCAGCUGAGGGUCCGGGGAGUACCACUGCUUCCUGCGACAACAUGAAGCCAUGGCCUGGUGAGGAGUAAGUCAGGUAAGCUUUUGAUGUUUUAUGUACGUGCGCAUAACAGAGGGCGCCACACGUGUUUUGCAUGCCUAUGCAUGGCGCUUUCACUAUGUUUUCCUACCAUGUUUCAGUAUUUUGAUGAUGUGCCCAAUAUUUUAAAU